GCUUACCUAACGUCUUGGCUUAUUUGGACAUUUUAGUAGGUACGGGAGCCCUGUUAAUAUAUCUCAACUACGACCGGUUAAAAAGCCUGAGCGUUGGAAGGGAUUUUCCUUCACUCUUUGGGCAGAAUAUUCGGCGGAUGCUUGUGUACAUAGAUUCGGUAGCAGAGGCUGGAACCUCUCCCGAUCUUUUGAACGCGGAGGUGAAAGAUCGGGUGGACAAUUCUGACACCUUCUGAAACAAAGGGGGACAGCAAGAGCUGAAUCUAUUUUCGAUUCGUCGACUCCAAUGCUUCUUCCCGAACCCGCAGGAAUAUUUAAGGUAACUUUGCCGGAAUGCAAUCUGUUUUUCCAUCUUUUAUUUUCCGUCCUGGCAUACAUCCAUGCGGGUUUACUUCACACUCCUUUGUACUUUCGGGACCGGCACGGGAUUACUAAACAAGCUACUUCGCCCCGCGAGUCAAGUCAACGAGUUCUUCGCAAUACCGAAGGUUACCAAGGAUAUACAGUAUGCCUCUAUGCGCAUCGUGAUGGUGUGGUGGGGGCGAGGGGCAUCAAAUCCACGCAAGUAAGCGUUCUGUUGAUAGAUACCUGGCAAGAUAGGUAUGUCCCAUCUACAAUAGAUGGAGGUAAACUCCAGCUGUUUACUUGGGUUGGCAUUGAUAAAGGGGCAGAGAGUUUUCGCCGCUUAUCUUCUUUUUCUUUAUUAUACAUAGGUAGUUAUUACAAUUAAUACACUGCAAUUCUCUCAGGUGGAAGAAACUUUCAAUGGGUAUCCGUAGGCAGUAGCCGGAGAAUAAUGGUUAGCCUUAGAAUCAGGUAGACACAGGAACUGGC